UAUAAUAUUUUUUUGAAAGAAACGCAUGCAGGCUAUAAAUAAGGACGGCGUGCGGCGUUCAAGGAAGCAUUAGCAGCAGAGCACCAAGAGAAAAAGAAAAAGAAGAUAGAGGGGAGGGAGCGUGAUGGCGUCGGAGAUGAGCAAGAACGUCAAGGCCCUCGACGAGCAGGAGGUCACCUCGCACCAGCGCGGCGACCAGGGCGUCCGGGCCCGGCCCGGCGGCGCGGCGGCGGAGGACCAGGCGGAUCAGCUGGCGCGGCAGGCGUCGAUCAUGUCGCUGACGCUGGAGGAGCUGCAGAGCUCGCUCUGCGAGCCGGGACGCAACUUCGGGUCCAUGAAUAUGGACGAGUUCAUGGCCAACAUAUGGAACGCCGAGGAGUUCCAGGCCGCCACCGGCGGGUGCAAGGAGGACGCGGCGGAGCAGGAGGCAGCGGCGGUGGCGGCGGCGGCGGGGGCAGGUGAGAACGGAGGGAGCGGGUUGGUUCGGCAGGGGUCGUUCGCCCUGCCGCCGCCGCUGUCGCGGAAGACGGUGGAGGAGGUCUGGGCCGAGAUCAACCAGGGCCCGGCGGACGCCGGGGCCCACUCGGCGCCGCAGGCCAUCGUGCAGCCGCAGGUGGGGAGCGGCGGCGUCGCGGCCAGCGGGCGGCAGGUGACGCUGGGCGAGAUGACGCUGGAGGACUUCCUGGUCAAGGCCGGCGUCGUGCGGGGCGCCUUCGCCGCCGGGCACGGCCAGGCGGUCGGCAUGGUCCCGGCCGCGCCGAUGGGCCACAUGCAGCAGGGCCAGCUCCCGGCUCCCAUGAUGUACCAGGUGGCGCCGGGCAACGCCGUGUUCCCGGUGAUGGGCGACGGCAUGGGAUACCACAACGGGUACCCCGGGGCCAUGGCGGUGGUGCCGCCGCCGCCGCCGUCCCAGUGCGUGGCGCCCGCCGUGAGCCCCGGGUCGUCGGACGGGAUGAGCGCGAUGACGCAGGCGGAGAUGAUGAGCUGCAUUGGCAACGGAGGGAUGGUCCGGAACGGCGGCGGCGCGCGGAAGCGCGACUCCCCCGAGGACGGGUGCACCGAGAAGACGGUGGAGCGCCGGCAGCGGCGCAUGAUCAAGAACCGCGAGUCCGCGGCGCGGUCACGCGCCAGGAAGCAGGCGUAUACCGUGGAGCUCGAGGCCGAACUGAACCAUCUCAAGGAGGAGAAUGCGCGCCUCAAAGCCGAGGAGAAGACAAUUCUGCUGUCGAAGAAAAAGAUGCUGGUGGAGAAGAUGAUGGAGCAGGCGAGGGAGAACGUCAGCGCCAAGAAGAGCGGUCGCGGGCUGCGCCGCUGCGGCAGCGCCAUGUGGUGAACUGUGACUUGCGCGGCUCGCAUUGUGCAAAUCCCAAUCCGCUUGCUUCCCUAGGAAGCGCUGCUGUGGCUGCAACGGUGUCGGUAGCAACGUCGUUAGUGACAGCAUGCGAAGUGAUCGCUGUGAAAUGUUCGUGAGCACGAGCUGUGUGUUGGCCUGCUACUGUGUUUAUAAACGGUGCGUCGUAGUACAAACAAUAAACCAGUUGUAAGAUAACAGCACAACACAAGCUCUGCGUGUUUUGCUCGUGUAUAGUAUUUAACAAGGGCCAUACUAUACCGUUUGUUUCUGCA